ACCGGAAGUGGCGUGAGCUCGGCCUUUCCGCGUCCCUCGCGGUGGGCGUCGGGUCUCGGCGGCUCCGUCCGCUCUGCGGGUUCGCGGCCAACAGCUUCUCAGCGGGUCGGGCGCCGCCGCAGGCCCACUCCGGGUCGGAAGAUGGUCGGCCGGAACAGCGCCAUCGCCGCCGGCGUCUGCGGGGCCCUGUUCAUCGGCUACUGCAUCUACUUCGACCGCAAGAGACGGAGUGACCCCAACUUCAAGAACCGACUGCGAGAACGAAGAAAGAAACAAAAGCUUGCUAAGGAGAGAGCUGGGCUUUCUAAGUUACCUGACCUUAAAGAUGCUGAGGCUGUUCAAAAAUUCUUCCUUGAAGAAAUACAGCUUGGUGAAGAGUUACUAGCACAAGGUGAAUAUGAGAAGGGUGUAGACCACCUGACAAACGCCAUUGCUGUGUGUGGGCAGCCACAGCAGUUGCUGCAAGUGCUGCAGCAAACCCUUCCACCACCAGUGUUCCAGAUGCUUCUGACUAAGCUUCCAACAAUUAGUCAGAGAAUUGUCAGUGCUCAGAGCUUGGCUGAAGAUGAUGUGGAAUGAGAAACAAAUGUCAACUUAAUCUCAAUUAAAAAUAUUUUAAACUUUUAACUCGGAAGAUGAACAGCUCUGGGGGAAUAAGGGCAGAUACGCUUGUUGUGGACUGUCAUACACUGAAAUCUACCAAAGUUCAGUUUUACUUUGUGUAGAUCCAUUUGUCUUAUUUAUUUUUCCCAGUGAAAAGUGUAUUUUGAUAGAGAGCUUUUCAUUUUAUAAAUACACUAUGAGUUACUGAAACACCAUUGAUUUUGUUUAUUCCUAAAAUAUGUGAUUAAGGUGAUCAUACAGUCUCACAUAAUUUACAUUAAAAUUAAUCUGUGUUCCAAUUUGAAAGAUAGGAAAGCAUAGUAGAGGAAAAAGCUGAAGAAUGUUCAUUUUUCAAGCUAAGUACUUUCUGCUGUGAAUCCCAAAAUGGAUGAAAACUUGGUAUAUGUCAGAGCUCAGCAGUGAAAUCUUUGAGAUCAUGUUUUCGAUAUGAUCUCUGAAAUAAUGUGAGGCAUGCUACUAUGCUGAUUAUAACUCCCAUCCUGUGUUUUUCUUAAAUCAGUGGAUUUGAAGGUGUUCUGGGUUUUAGAUGGAUAUGUGUAGUUACAAGUAGCACUGUAACUAGAUCUAUGUACCUUUCUGAUCUAACCAUGUGAACCUAGCUAGUUACUGUCUAUCCAGUUACUUUUCUCAUUUAUAAAAUGAGACUGGUCUGCUGAUUCAGAGAAUUGUUCUUCUCAACUUCUAUUUCUAAUUUGCUAAUUUGGUUCUGACGGUUUCUUAGAAUCCAACGUUAACCUGAGGGGUGGGUAUACUUGGGCAAUUAAACCUUGCCAGGGGAGGUGGGUUUUUUUUUUUUUUUAAUGCUCUGAAUUUUGCGUGAUUGCCCAACACUGUUUCUGCGUUGAUCUUAUUUUUUAAGGUAUGACACGGGCCCGAGAGAGGGGUGUGCAGGAGUUAAGGCACUUGCCUGUCAUAUGGUCGACCCCAUUACGAUUCCUGGCACUGUAGGUGGCCCACAAAGCACAGUCCCAGGAGUGAUUCCCAAACACUGCUGACUAUUGCCCAAAGAGCCCAAACCCCACACCCCAAAAAGAUGCAGGGGACACUAAUUUUCACUGAAAUCAUAAGGUUCUUCACUUCUCUUGUAAAUUAAUUUGGAAUUUUGUCUUUGAGUUAACUGGGAUGAUAAUGCUUGUAAUCUUUUUCUUUGCAUUUAUAUUCAGUGUAUCUCCUUAAUCUUUUUCUGUCUGGUUCGUUUAUCUUGUUGGUGAGAACAAGAUGUAACCUUGGAGCUGAAUACUUUUAGAGAAUGAAGCUAAUGGACCUCUGAUUUUCAAAAUGACAUUCAGCAUCAGAUCUGAGAAUAAAGACCCUUAGUGUCAUCUGUUGAAUUGA